AUGGAUGCAUACAUUCAAGGUGCAUGGGACUUUGUCAGGAUGGCUGAAAAGAAUGCAGGCUAUGAAGCAAAGAUUUUACGCCCUUGUAAAGAUUGUCACAACUUGACCUAUCAUGGUAUAGACGUUGCUUAUGAGCAUCUGAUUAUACGAGGAAUGGAUCCUACAUAUACAAUUUGGUUCCAUCAAGGUGAAAUAGAAGAUAUUACAGAAACUGUUACUCAAGUAAAGAGUUCAGAUGCUUUUAACUUAAUUACUAGUGCAUAUAUGGGAGCCAAUCAUUAUGCAUCAACAUCAGAAGAGAGAAGAGACAAUGAUUUCACGCAAUCAUUGGAAGAUGCUGAAACUCUUUUAUAUCCUGGUUGUGCCAAGUAUACAAAAAUGUCUGCCAUUGUAGCUUUAUAUAAACACAAAGUUAUGAAUGGUUGGACUGACAAUAGUUUUGAUGGCCUUUUAGAGAUGCUUGGAGACAUGUUACCAGAGCAUAAUGUGAUUCUCAAAUCAGUCUACUCUGUGAGAAAAUUUAUUAAGGAGUUUGAUUUGGGGUAUGACAAAAUUCAUGCUUGUGCGAAUGAUUGUUGCUUGUUUAGGAAAGAAAUAAAAAACUUGCAAAGUUGUCCAAAGUGUGGCUAUUCGAGAUGGAAGGUAGAUGAAAGAACGAAGAAAAUUAGGAAGGGUGUCCCGGCUAAAGUUUUGAGAUACUUUCCUUUAAUACCAAUGUUUAAAAGGAUGUUCAAGUCACCCAAAAUUGCGGAAGAAUUACAGUGGCAUUUCAAACACGAAAGUGAAGAUGGCAAGAUGCGCCACCGAGUGGAUUCUGUCACAUGGGACUUGGUUAAUUACAAAUGGCCUGCUUUUGCAGAAGAUCCUAGAAAUCUUAAACUUAGCUUGGCUGCUGAUGGCUUUAAUCCUUUUUCACACAUGAGCACAACUUAUAGUUGUUAG